AUGGAGCGUUUCACCGGUGCGGACCGUGCAUUUUGUGUGCGCGAGUUUUAUCGAAACAAUGAUUCGGCUACCAUUGCGCGGCGUAAAUUUCGAGAAUAUCAGAAUUUACGCAACUUUAAAGACAUUCCAAGUGUUCAAACGAUUAAGAACUGGAUUAUUAAGUUCGAAGAGAGUGGUUCGACGUUGGAUAAACAACGGUCAGGUCGACCAAGGACAUCACGGACGGAAGAAAACAUCGAUGUAGUGAAACACUCAAUUCGUGAAAAUCCUACCCAGUCUACUCGUAAGCGUUCCAGUGCAUUAAACUUACCCAGAACAUCGUUACAGCGAAUUUUAAAGAAAGAUUUACAUCUUCACCCGUACAAGAUUCAGUUAGUACAGGAAUUAAAAGAUACUGACACUAUCCACAGACUAAAUUUCGCAAAUGAAAUGUUGAACCGCUUUACUUCGUUUAAUAACGUGUUUUUCUCUGAUGAGGCUCACUUUCACAUCAACGGCCAUGUCAAUAAGCAAAAUUAUCGCUACUGGAGUUGCGAAAAUCCAAAUCGCAAACAUCAAAAGCCCUUACAUAGCCCUAAAGUGACAGUUUGGGCGGCUAUGUCAGCGCAUGGCAUUAUAGGCCCUUACUUUUUUGAGGACGGCAGAGGCCGCGCGCUUACUGUUACAUACACAACGGUAUGUAGCUAUGAUCCAGGACUUUUUUACACCAGAGUUGCAGAAUUUUCCAGGCUUCAAUACGCGGACCUGGUUUCAACAAGAUGGAGCAACUGCCCAUACCUCUAA